ACCCGGAAGUGCUCCUACGGAAGCCGGCUGGGCUGCGCGGCGUCUCACCAUGGCGACGGCGGGGGCCCCGCGGCGAUUCUGCCGCUGCGCCUGCUUCUGCUCGGAGAACUUGUACGUGGCGCGCUACGGGCUGCACCUAUGCUUCCGUAGCGAGCAGCAGCUGCGCCAGGAUUACGGUCCUAUCCUGCGCAGCCGAGGCUGUGUCAGCACCAAGGACUUCCAACAGCUCUUGGCAGAGCUUCAGCAGGAGGUGGCGCGGCGGCAGAGGCUGGGGCAGGAGUCAGCUGCCAGGAAAGCCCUCAUCGCCAGUUCUUACCACCCAGCACGGCCAGAGGUUUACAAUUCACUGCAGGAUGCAGCUCUGGCUCCUGAGUUUCUGUCCGUUGCGGAGUACAGUGCAUCCCCAGGUGCAGACCUCCAGGGCCUUCUCCAGCGGCUGCAGACAGUGUCAGAAGAGAAGCGCAUCUACCGGGUGCCUGUAUUUACUGCGUCUUUCUGCCAAGCCCUGCUGGAGGAGCUGGAGCACUUUGAGCGGUCAGACAUGCCCAAGGGAAGGCCCAACACCAUGAACAAUUAUGGGGUGCUGCUGCAUGAGUUGGGCCUGGACGAACCACUGGUGACACCACUGCGGGAGCGCUUCCUGCAGCCAUUGAUGGCCCUGCUGUACCCAGACUGUGGUGGGGGCCGGCUUGACAGUCACCGCGCCUUUGUGGUCAAAUAUGCACCAGGCCAGGACCGUGAGCUGGGCUGCCACUAUGAUAAUGCUGAGCUCACUCUCAAUGUGGCCCUGGGCAAGGCCUUCUCAGGAGGUGCCCUAUACUUUGGAGGCCUCUUCCAGGCACCAGCAGCCCUGACAGAGCCCCUGGAGGUGCAGCAUGUGGUGGGCCAGGGUGUCUUGCACCGGGGCGGACAGCUGCAUGGCGCCCGGCCGCUAGGCACUGGUGAGCGCUGGAACCUCGUGGUGUGGCUCCGGGCCUCUGCUGUGCGCAACCGCCUCUGUCCCAUGUGCUGCCGUGAGCCAGACCUGGUGGACGACGAGGGAUUUGGCGACGGCUUCACCCGGGAGGAGCCCACCAUGGUGGAUGUGUGUGCGCUAACUUGAGCCUGGUUUGGCCCAGUGGUGGUGGGGAGGUGGUGUGGCAAGUGAGGACCUGCCAUCUCAGGUUGGAAGGGGCAGAAAUAAACUUGCAACCAUGGAACUCCUUGGAUCAAAAGGUUAGGCCAGCAUCUGGGUCAUUAUUUCCAGAGGUAGGCUGGCUUAGUGCAGGUUUGCUUGAAGCAGAGCUUGAUAUGGGAUUCAUGGAGGGUGGAUCCUCAGAGGGGAGUAAGGAAGCAGGAGAGGGUACUGAAAGUGUCUUCACAAAGAUGUGGUUUCAGGUGACAGUCCAGCAUCAGCCUGCUCCUGGGGAGCUCCAGAGCUAGAAUUCCCACCAGUUGGCUCCUAGUAACAGUUAGUGGCUCCUGGAUGGAGCUGUGAGGCAGGAGUAACUUCCCAGACAUCUGCCUCCAGGGGAGGGUGGCUCCCAGUGGCUGCAGGAGGCCUUCAAUGAAGAGUUAUCAGUGGUGGACAGCACCAAUUGCAACCUCUGAAUGGGUGUGAAAGGCUUACUUCGGAGAAAUCAAGAACAGAUUUCUGGAGCCAGACUACCUGGAUUCAGAUCCUGGCUCUGCCACUUUCCACUCUGUGGCCACGGGUGACCCACUGACCUCUAUGCUCUAGGUGCUAUUGUGAGAAUCCAAUGACCUAACACAGAUAAAGUGAUUUAUAUCAGC